AUGUCUAUAAGUAUUCCUAAUGUUAAGAAUAAUUUUUCUCUUUUAAUAAAAUUAAAGUCAUUACAUCUUUUAAAUAAUUCUUCUAAGAAUGAAGUUAAUUUAAAUGUAAACGUUUUUUAUGACAUCGAAGACGAAGAGAAAAUAAAAUGUAUCCCAGAGAGAGUUCAUUCAAUUGAAACGUUUAAUAAUGAAUACAAUUUUGUGUUCAAAGUCAGUGUAAACAAAUGUUUCUAUUUGCCCUUUAUCUGUUUAAAGGGAAAAUGUCCGAAUUUUAUACAUAUCACAUUUGUAGAUGAGGAUGGAAAAAACAAAGAAAGAAAAAAAUUAGGAUUAAAAAUAUAUUUAAAUAAAAAGUAUAGCUUUUUAAAAUGUUACAGUUCAUAUAAAACAUAUAAUGUUUAUGAAUGCAAUAACAACAAUGUUAAAGGCUAUGUAGAGUUGGCAUGUGAAAUCGUUAGUUGUGAACAUCCUUUGGAGUAUUUUCCAAAAAAAAAUAAAAAAAUGGAUAACGACGACUACUUUUCAUUGGCAACAGAUAUAUCAAUUAGCAAGCUAAAAAAAGAAAUGAUCAUAUGCAAAACAGAUAAAGAUAUGGAUACUCACAUAGAAUCAUAUAAUCUGGAGAAUAAAGACAAUAAUUGUGAAAAAUCAUCACCAUAUAAAAGAAAUAUUCUUGAGAUAUUUUCUUCUUCCUUUAAAAAUGCAUAUAAGAAAAUGCCUAUACCUUUAAUAACAACUUCGAAUUUGGUUGACAUUCUUUUAAAUACUAUGCUUGUUCAAUAUAGAAGAAAUGGCAUACAAAAUCCUCCAUGGUUAAAAAUUAUUAAUGACGCUUACGAUUUACACUUAUUUAAACAUUUCCAAUUGUGCAACAAUAAAAAGGAUUAUCAAAUGUAUGAGGAAAUUAGGACUUGUAGUUUAUUUCUUUAUCUAGAUAGUGUAUUUCUAAAUACAGCCGCUCAGUUUUCUAAAUAUGUUAUAAUACAAGAAUAUACAAAAUAUACUAACCCCAGAUAUGUUAAUAAAUUACUUAAAGGAAAGUUACAUCAUAAAAUAGACUUGGGUCAUAAUUUUAUAUACGAAAAAAUCGUGGAUGAUUCACCUUUGGAUAUGCUAAAACUAUUUAAAAAUGAUGAAAUAUAUGUAACUAAAGAUUCUGGGGUUAUAGGGGAAGGAUUGAUUGGUAUCUUAAUAUUUGGGGAUGAAAAAACGGAUGCCGAAAAAGCUUACAAAAUAUACAAUAGGGAAAUAAAAGCUCAACAAUGGUUAAACAAAGGAAUAGCUAAAAUAAAAAUGGAAAAUAUGAAAUGUAGGAAAAAUAUAAUAAAGGAAAAAAGAGAGAGCGAAUGGAUAUCUUUAUCUUUAUUAUCUUUUAAUAUGGGAACAGUUGUGUCUUAUAAAGGAUUUAAAAUGUAUGUAAUACCGUUACCACAAUUACCUUUAAACAUAACAAAAUUAAAUAAUAUCAAAGGGAACUUGAAAUAUGAAAUGUCAUUGCUAGAAAAAAAUAUUCCAACAUAUAAUUUGCUUAAAAACCCAAAUGUAAGACAGUCUUUUAUAAUACCAUAUUAUAAACAAAAUAAUUAUGUUUUUUUUAAUAUUAAUUGUAUGAUGUUUAAAUGGAAGAAUAAUAGUGACAGUAUAUUUACACAUUCUGAAUUAGACCACUUGGAUAUCGAGAGUAAUCAUAGUGCACGUGAAAGAUGCUAUAAUGUUCCUCCCGUUUAUUCCAAUCUGUUGAAGGUUCAAAAUAAUAUUUGUUUAUAUAAAGAAAUAUCAGAUGAUUGUAAGACAGAUAAAGAGAGAUACGAGAAAAAAGUCGAUAUAUAUUUAGAGAAGAUAGUUAUAGAGCUGGAGAAAGUCCAUUUGAAUGUACCUUUUGAUUCUGUUUCCUUAAAAAUGUAUUUACAAAAUAAAGGAUUAAGAAUAAGACAUCUUGGAAGAAUGUUGAAGUUUAUUACUUACAAAUGGUUAUAUAAUAUAAUUACAUAUGAGAUAUUUAUACGUUGUAUAAAAAAAUUUAUAUUUCUUUGUAUGCGUGAAAUGUCUAUAUUUUAUAAGAAGAAAGUGAUGGCAUAUAUAUAUCAAUAUAGAGAAAAUAAUAAAAAGAAUGAGAUUAAAAAGAUGAGGGAAAAAGAAUUAAUAAGUAAUCUUUUACGAGCACAUAAGAGUAGUAAAGAGAAAAAGAAGAUGGAUUUUUCAUAUUUUAAUGAAAAAGGAAAUCAAGACAUUAAUAUAAAAAGUAAUUAUAAUGAUAAUAAUAAUAAUAUAGAUGAAUUAUUAUAUGAUACGGAGGCAUCUACAUGUAGUAAUAACACAUAUGAUGAUAAUAAUAAUAAUAAUAUGUUUAAUUAUAAAAAGAGAGAAGAUAACAAUAAAAUGAAUCAAAUAAGUGAUAGUUUAUUGCACAUAUAUGAAUUAGCAAAUGAUAAAAAUAUGAUUGAGAAUCGUUUGAAGUUUGAAAAUGUAUCUUUAUUAUCAGUUAUAUUUAAUUUUGAUAUUGUGAGAAAAUAUACAAAUAAAGAAAUGUAUAUAUUAAAAAGGGUGAAUGAAAAGAAAAGAGAUGUUAUAGAUAAUUACAUAAUAAUUAAAAAAAUAUAUAAAGGAAAUAUUAGUUUAAUCGAUAUGUUAAUAAUAAAUAUUUUUAAUAUAUUAUUAACAACAAAAAAUUAUUAUUAUAAAAAUAUUUUUUUAUUAGAAAUAAAUAAAUUAUGUUAUGAAUUAUAUAAAAUAAAUAUAUCAUAUUUGUGUGAAGAAAUACAGGAUAAUUAUAUAUAUGAUAAUUUGCAAAAGGUUCUAGGUAUAUUAUAUUUUCCAUCUUUAUUAGAAUAUGAUGAAGAAAUUAAAAAAGGGAAUAAGAUAUUUCAUUUAUAUGAUUUAAAGAGUUAUAAUAUAAGAAUAAAAAGAUCAUUGAAUAUAUAUUAUAUAGAUUUUGUUACCAAUAGGUAUAUAUUUAAUUAUCAAAAUAUUCAUUUGGAUAUAUCUAUAGAAAAUAAGAGACUAUUAUCAAUAUUAAUAUUUUAUACACUUGUAUAUUAUUAUAAUAAUAAUAAUAUAAAUAAGAAUUAUUUAUAUAUGGACAAUUUAAAAUGGGAAGAUUUUGAAAGGGUGUUAUUACAAUCUGAUAAACAGAAAAAAUAUUUUCAUAAAAUAUAUGAUGAAAAAAUAAAUCUUCUUUUAACAUCAAAGGAUAAUAUAACAUUAUUUAAUAAUAGAGAUUAUUUUACAUUUUAUGGUUUAUUAAAUAUAGUAGCUGAAGGAAUUAAGAUGCGUCUUUUUAAGAUGUCUAUGAAUAAAUCGUUUUAUCUAUUUAGAUGUAUAUCUGAAAAUAGUGUUAUGUCCAUAUAUAUACGUUUAAUGUGGUUAUCUAUAUAUAUGUUUUUAAGAUAUUAUAUUUCUGAAGGUUGUGAUCUAGACAGUCCGCAUAAAAAGGAUGACAUCUGUAUUAAGGAUCUUAGAAUUAGAAAUGGAUCCUCUCAAAAUGAUAUUAAAGGAAUGAAAAAAUAUGUUAAGGAUAAAGAACAAAUAAAAAAAAAAAAUAAUAAUAAUAAUAAAAAAAAUGAUGGUGAUGAUGAUGAUAAUGAUGAUAAUGAUGAUAAUGAUGAUUUGUUGUUGAAAAGGAAAAAAAAAAUAUUUUUUAAAGUUGAAGGAGAUGACACAACAUGUGAAUCAACAAUAUAUAGUGAUAAUAUAAAUGAAAAAUGUUUGAAUUAUAACUCAGAUAAUUCUGUUGAUAUAUAUGAGAAAGAUAUGUCUAUGUUUGAAAAGAUAAAUGUGUAUAAAAAAACAUAUGAGAUAUGCUCGAUAAUAUUGAAGAAUUAUUUUGUGUAUUAUCAUCCUUUAUAUUUAGAUUUUUAUUUAUCUUUUGCCUGGUAUAAUAAGGGUUCAAAUAAUGAGCAAGGAUUUCUUCACUUCUUGAGAGAAUUCAUAUUACUUCAAAUAAAUGUAUGCUCAAAAAGUUGUAGGGAAAAAAAGAUGGAAAUUCUAAAAAUGAACGAGAAUUUGGAGCAUCUUGUUUUUUCUAUAAUUUUUAAGAAUAACAAAGAGGAUGAAAAUAAUAAAAAUAAAUAUGAUAUAAAUGAAAAUAUGAAUAUAAAGAGGAUGGAUAAUUAUGAUUGUUCCUCCUUUUUAAAUGAUAUAUGUUAUCCACAUUUUAAUAUAUAUAAGGACAAUAAGAAUUAUGAUAUUUUAAAAGAUAUUAAUUUUUUGAAAUCGAAUACUCUUUUGGCUAGUUCAUUACAUUAUUUUAUUAAUUGUUUAUUUUAUUAUUACAAUAAUGAUGAAUAUAUAAAUAAAUAUAAGAGUAGUGAUUUUAUUUAUGAUAGUAUACAUAUAUGCAUAAAUUCAAUGGAGAGUGUCAAAAGGAUAUAUAGAUUAUCUAGUAAUACUGAAAAAGAUUUUGGAAAUGCAUGUCUGGAUAUAUCUUUGAUGAUAAUAAUAUUGAAGUUAAACCAUCCCAAUUUUUUAGUUGACAAAAAUAAUUGGAUGUUGUAUGCUCUUCAAAAUGGUAUUGAGGCAGAACAGGUACUGAAGCAGCAUUGUGGUGAUAGCCACAUAGACACUAUAAAAUGUAGAUAUAUCCUUGGACUUAUAUAUAUAUAUUUUAAUAAUUUCGAGUGUAUGCAUAUGUUAGAAAACGUUUUUUAUCAUAUACAUAAUUAUGAGUAUACUUAUGAAGAUAAUAAUAUUUUAAGUAGUAUUUUUUGGUAUAUCCCAGAUAAAUAUAAAGGCAGCUUAAAUUGUAUGAAUAGACAAAAGCUUAUAUUAGAUAAAAGAAAAAUAAAAUGCUAUUUAUUUUAUAUGUGGUUAAAUAUAUUUAUUCCUUUGGAGUAUUCCAAAAAAAUUAUGAAUAUAUUAUUUAUGUUAUAUUCAAUGGAUAUAUAUAAGAAGAAAAAGAAGGGGAAAUCACAUGAUAAAGAUAAUACCUUUUUUAAACAAGGGAAAAUAGAUUCUUAUGAACAAAUAAUAUUGUUUAUAAAAAAUUAUAAGUAUAUAUAUAAAAAGGAUGACUUAUUUUUGAAUUUGAAAGAAUAUGAUCAUUUAUUGAGAAGCAACGAAGAGAUAUACUUGAAAAAGAAGGAAGAAAAAGGGGGAAAAAAUGAGACAGAUGAGCAUAAUAUAUAUAAUAUAUAUAAUAAUAAUAUACAUAAUAUAUAUAGUAAUAAUAAUAUUCAUUAUUAUAUGGAUGGUGUUAAUUAUUUUAAUAAUAGUUUAGAUGAAUCAAAAAAUUUUAAGAUGAAGAAAGAUAUAGAUAAUAAGGACAUAUUAUUUUAUUUACAUAAUGAAAAGAAAAAUAAAGAAUACAAUAGCAUAACAUCUUUUUUUUUAAAAGAAUUUUUAGAUAUAGUAGAAAUAGAAUCUGAGUUAUUAUAUGAUGAGGAAAAAUAUUUGAACGAAUAUAAAUCAUAUACUGGUAUUCAAAAGAAGACAAAAAUGUAUUCAUUGCUACAUAAAUUGUUAAAAAUAAAGGAAAAGAUAAAGAACAGAAAUAAGAAAAAUAAAGGAUGUGAUAAUUAUAUGGGUUAUAUUAAUAAAUAUAAUGAUAAACAUUCAUAUUUUGAUGAUAAUAAAAGUUACAAUAAGAUUAAACAAAUAAAUUCUAUUACAGAAUAUAGUGAUAAAGAUAGUCUUUCAUUUUUAAAUUCAAAUAAAACGUGGAGUGAUACCUCAUCUAAUUACACUGUUAUUGUUAAAAAUAUAAGUGAUAAUAUAAAGAAAAAAAAUAAAAAAAAUAAUAAUAAUAAUAAUGAUAAUAAUACGUUUCAUUCUUUUCUAAUGCAUUAUGAUUAUAAAAACAAAAAGAGAAAUAAAGUUAAGAAAUCAAAAAUAAAAAAGGACAUAAAUAUUUUUAUGAGCAUAAUGUAUUAUUUUCUAAAUUAUGAGUCUUUCCAAAAAUUUUACAUGAAAACAUGA